AAGCUAAAUAAGGUCAACUACGAAGAAUUCUACUAAUCUCGUGAACUAGUCCUGAAUCUCAGGAAACCACGUAAAUCUUAUGUUUAUGUUUGUAAUUUCGUUCAAUCGAUUUAAUUACGAUAUGUAGAGGUUGCAAUUCUCAAUCCAAUCCAUCAAUCCAUUAAUAACAUCCAACUAAUCCAAUCCAUUUAAAUCCAAUCUAUUUGAUCCAAAUCCAAUUGGAUUGGUGGAUUCAUGGAUUGAUCCAUUGAUUCAAAUGAUAAAUUACGGUUUAGUACAUAUACUUUUUUAUAUAUAUUUUUUGGUACCCAAAAUUGAUUUUUUUAUACGAAAAUAUCAUUAGAAAAUUACAUUUUGGUUCUUAUAAGUUUUCAUUAUGACGUUUCGGUGCCUAAAGUUUUCACAUUUUACAUAUUGGUCCAUGGUUUAGAGAUGACAAUGGGUCGGGUUGGGUUGGGUUUUGCCGAACCCAAACCCAAAUCCAUUAGUUUAUCUGUAAAAAAACCCGGAUAACCCACUGGGUUUGAAAAACUCAAACCCAACCCGACGGGCAUUCGUGGGUUCAUGGGUACCCAUGGGUUUUUGGGAUAAAAAAUUUACAAUAACAAGUUCCUAUCAAAAUAAAAGUUAAAUAUCAAUUUCCCAUACAAAUUAUCCAUACAUAAAACACUAGUCUAGAAAAUUCAAACAAAUCACAGAAUAUUCAUACAAAUUGUUCAACACCAAUCUAGAAAAUUCAAGAAAAUUGAAGCGUGUUGUGUUCAACUUCUAGAAAAUUCAACACAUAGUUCUUUGUUUUUUGUUCAUUCCCUUUUGUUUGUGAGAGAGUAGCAAACCCAACAAAUAUGGUGUAUUCAACUUCAAUUGUUAAUUUAUUCCUCCCACUUCUUUUGGAAAAAGGGAACAAUGUCUUGCUUGUAAGAAAUAAAACAUACAGUUGGGAGAAGCAGGGAAGGAUUGGGGGUCGAAUCGUGAAGAAGAGGGGGUUUUGUGGGAGAGAGCAGAGUGGGGACUGGGGAGGCAGCAGGUGAGUUGUGAGUGUCGUGAGAGUUAGAUUAGGAGAAAUUAGAAUUAAAGUAGGGUUUGGGGAGAGUAGGGCGACGAAAUAAGUGUGGGCGAGUAUUACUAAACCCAACCCGAUGAACAAUGUAAUGGGUUUAAACCUGAACCUGGCCCGAAACUCGUCAACACGGAUUUUACCAGCUUUGACCGGUUGGGUUGGGUAGGUUACCUAUAGGUUCGGUUUUUGUUGCCAUCCCUAAUGGUUGAGGAUGUCCUUUGGAUUUAUGAACAAUCCACCAAUCCAUUUGAUUUAUGAAUCCGCCAAUUAAUAAAUUCAAUACAUUUGCCACCUCUAAGUCACACACUAACUUUCUCUUAUCUAGUUCAAGUUUAGAAUACCACACAAACCCUAAUGUAUAAUGCAUUUGCCUCGAUACUUUCUUUAAAUAAGGAUUGAUGCCAUUAGGCAAUGGGCAUUGAGAUCAAAUUACAGAGGCAUUGUUCUUGACAUCUAAGUAGAGAGACAUUGUCUUGAUGGGUGUAUUCGUAGGUAAGUUUUAAAUGCAUUUCCACGUAAAAGUGAUAUAAAUGUAGUCUACCAAUCCAUGAGAGCUUCUAUGACGAGCUCCUUACCCAAUUAACUGUUUGAUCCCUUAUCUCUUUACUAUUGCCAUGGAACUUCUCUCUUGUAUGUUCAACAGGGCUUAUGCCAUUAAAUCUCUUCCUCCCCAUCUUCAAACCCAUAGAAUAGGACUUUCCCACUUGUGUUUUGCUGAUGACCUUCUGGUAUCCACAAAAGGGACUCCAGAAGUUGUAGAGAAAGCAAAGUCUAUAUUGGAUGCUUUCUAUGUUGUAUCUAGGUUGAGAUGUAAUCCUGCCAAGAGUGAAGUAUUCUGUGGAGGUGUAGACACUAGGAUUCAGGCUCAAAUUUCAUCUAAAACUGGGUUUGCUAUAGGGCAGCUUCCUGUGAGAUACCUGGGGAUCCCUCUUAUUGCUGGGAAACUGAACACUGCUGAUUGUCAAGCUUUGGUUGAAAAGAUAACUGCUAGAAUCAGGGGCUGGAAGGUGAAAACCUUGACUUAUGCUGGCAAAAUGCAGCUCAUCACUGUUGUCAUUUCCAGUAUUACUCAGUACUGGAUGGGGAUCAUUCAACUCCCUGUUAAGGUGAUUAAGCUGGUUGAGAAAGCCUGCUCUGACUUCUUAUGGAGUGCAGAGGAAGAGGGUAAAAGGGCCAAAGUCCACUGGCAGAUGAUAGCAAGGCCUAAGAAGGAAGGGGGGUUAGGGUUCAAAGAUAUUAGGAGCUGGAACAUGGCUUGCUUAGUAAGACAUCUCUGGGCCAUUUCUUCUAAUUCUUCUUCCCUUUGGGCGAGCUGGGUAAGGCACUACCAACUCACCUAUACUUCUUUUUGGGACAUACCUACAUCCAUACCCUGUUCAUGGGCUUGGAGGAAAGUCCUGAAACUUAGGACCAAAGUGGCUCAGCAUCUUAUAGUCAGGCCUGCAGGUGUGUACUGGGGAGACUGUGUGAUGCACAAGUUCUCAGUCAAAAAAGUAUGGGAGGCUCUUCGUAAUAAGCAUGAGGUAGUGCAGUGGUUUUCAUUGCUUUGGAAGUCUUUUGGAACACCUCGUGAUAAGCUACUUGUCUGGUUAGUCAUCUUAAACAGAAUAGCUACUCUAGACAAGGUACAACGAUGGAAUAAUGCAGUGGUCAACCUCUGCCCAUUAUGUUCCUCUAUGGCGGAGUCUAGGGAUCAUCUUUUCUUUGAAUGUGCCUAUUCUAAGCGUGUGUUGCAAGCAAUGUUUGCAGGAAGGAGUGUGGUGGGGGCAAAUUGGGAGGGAUCCUUGGCAACUGCCAUAUCACUAUUCCGGCUGAAAAACACUGCUUCUGAUCGUGGCAGGCUUCUAUGGGUGAUGGUGGUGGCUGAACUUUGGCGGGAACGUUGCAGAAGAGUGAUGUCUGGUGAAGCUCUGUCGGAAAACCAGCUUUUGAAAAAGCUGCAAGGGUCACUGCAACUGCUCAGAAAUGGAUUCUCUCAAGUGGAACUUGCUGUUUCGGAAGAUUAUGUUAAUAGUAUAGUGUAGUAUAGUGUAGCCUGGGUUUUGCUCUCUGUUUCUUUUUUAGUUGAUUCAGUUAAUUUCCUGGGUUGCUAUUCUUCUGUAAACGGUGAUACUUGAGUUCCAGUUGGGGGGUUUUUAGAAACUCUCCUUCUUGAUGAAUAAAAUCUGCUUAUUCAUAAAAAAAAAAAAACUGUUUGAUAAAUUCCCAGCCCUAGCAGUUGGUAAUGGACCUGGGUUUUGAAGCUGCGGAGUCGUUAUUACUUAUUACUCGAUUAAAUUGCACUGUGCAUAACCAAUGGAAAGGUUUGAACAGGUGAAGUUACUACCAGUUACCUAUUCCCAUCAAAACAGGGAAAAUAGACUAGACCGUUUGAAAAAUCAUGGUCCAAAUCGGAGCGCACAGUUUGGUCCGGACCGUAGACCGUUAAGUAUGGUCUGGUCUGGUCCAUGGUCUGUAUUAUAUGGUGUUUUGAUUUCUUGGUCUGAUCUGGUCUAGACCGCGAUUUACCGGACCAAACCGUGGACCCAGCAUACUUCUCAAAUAUGUGUUAGCAACCCACUCAACCACUCUCCCAAUUCCCACAACGAAACCGAAGUCUCAAUCUUAAUUUUGAGAAUCUCAUCCCCUCCUUCAUUCACAACCACAUUUCAAUAGAGAGUAGAGAUGAUCAUGUCUCCAUAUUUGAUGUAAAUAUUUACGACGUUAUGGUGCAAGUUGGGAUGUUUUGACUUUGUAUCUUUAUUAUUUAUUGAGAUUUAUGGUGUCAAAAUUAUCCAUGCCUGUAGGAAUUUAAGUUUUGAGGGAAUAAAACAUUUUUUUCAUG